UAUAAUUAUUACAAAGCAAUAGCAUCUCUGUAUUUGUUUCUGUUCUGCAACUGCAUACCAAAACCAGAGAAAAGCCAUUUGAGCACCUUUCAUGUGAGCCUUUUUGAACGUUGAUUACUUCCUAUUUCAUAAUCCGCCAUCAAACACAAAACCCUUGUUCUUCUUUUGCCCUUAAACUAGUUUAGUAUAUUUGUGUCAUCUUAAACUCUUCAAAAAUGUCAUUCCUUCCCUCUCUCUAACCACCACAACCUUUUGUGUCUCUGUUACUAAUAACAAUGAUGACACUUUCAGCUCCAAAGCCGCUGUUGAUUCUGUGUACUCUGUCGUUUUACUUCUCUUAUGUCAUGGCCUUCUCCGCCGGAGACACCCGGAUCUUGCUCCAUGUUAAAGCACAACUCGACGACCCGGAUGGAAACCUCAACGACUGGGUUCCCGGCGGCAACCACAGUCCGUGCAAUUGGACAGGGAUCACUUGUGAGCAGCAAAACUUCUCCCUUGUUUCUAUAGACAUGUCUGACUUUAAUAUUGGCGGCCGGUUUCCGGUGGAGUUGUGCCGUAUUCGGACGCUACAGAAUCUCACUUUGAACAACAACAACAUCAACGGUACUCUCUCCACUACGCCUCUGUCUCUCUGUUCUCACCUUCAAGCUUUGGAGAUCGAGAAUAACCUAAUCGUAGGACACUUGCCGGAAUUUCCACGGGGGUUUACUGAUUUACGAGUCCUGAAUCUCCAAGUAAACAACUUCACUGGAGAUAUCCCGGCGAGUUUUGGCCUGUUUCAGAAACUGAGAGUUCUGAAGCUUUCCGGGAACUUGCUCACCGGUCCUUUUCCCAAGUUCUUGACCAACCUCAGUGAGUUGAUUCGGUUGGAUGUUGCUUAUAAUCCUGCAAUGAAGCUCAGUGUGUUGCCUCCAGAAAUCGGAAACUUGACUAAUCUUCAGUGGCUGUUUCUUACUCAGACCAAUCUCACAGGCCCUAUUCCAGACUCGAUCGGGAACUUAGUCUCGCUCAGAAACCUUGACUUGUCCAUGAAUUCGCUGUCCGGGAAAAUUCCAGAGAGUAUUGGAAGAUUGAGAAGUGCAGUUCAAAUCGAGCUCUACUCAAACCAAUUGUACGGCGAAUUGCCGGAUAGUCUUGCAAACUUGACGUCUCUGCAAAACUUGGAUUUGUCACAGAACGGAUUCACAGGCGAAUUCUCUGAAAGAAUCGCCGGACUUCGCUUUGUUUCUUUGCGACUCGCCGACAACUUUCUAGAAGGCUCUGUUCCGGAGAUCGUAGCCAACAGUCCUGAUUUGGUUCAGCUGCAUCUCUUUAAUAACAGCUUCUCUGGUACUCUCCCGGCAAAUCUCGGCCGAAAUUCACUUCUUCAAGAUUUGGAUGUUUCAACUAACAAGUUCACCGGCGAGCUGCCUAGUUCUCUCUGUUAUGGUAAAAAUCUCAGCAAUUUGGUCAUUUUUUGGAACCAUUUCUCUGGAAAUAUACCGGCUACAUUAAGCCAGUGUCAAUCUCUCGAAUACGUACGACUCGAGUACAAUGAACUCUCAGGUGAAGUACCUGCCAAGCUCUGGGGUCUUACUCUGCUCAGCCAUCUUCGAAUGCAUAACAACAGACUCAGUGGAUCAGUUUCGCAUUCUAUUUCCUCAGCUAGUAGUCUUCAAGAGCUUACAAUCUCCGGCAACGUUUUCUCCGGCGAGAUCCCGCCGCAGAUUUGCAAGCUGUCCGAGCUGAUAGAGCUGGACGUGAGCGACAAUCAGAUAUCAGGUGGAGUACCAUCUUGUAUAACAGAGCUGAAGAAUCUGCAAGUGCUUAGGAUGCAACAGAAUAUGUUCACUGGUGAGAUUCCAAGACAUAUGAGUUCAUGGACGCAGUUGACUGAGAUAAACCUAUCCAAAAAUCGAUUCACUGGUUCAAUUCCACCUGAGCUCGGUGAUUUGCCGGUGCUGAAUUACUUGGACCUAUCUGAUAACUCACUUACCGGAGAGAUUCCGGUGGAGUUGACCAGGCUGAAGCUCGGCCAGUUCAAUCUUUCAGACAACAAACUUUACGGGAAGAUACCUACAGGGCUGGACUAUGAGCUUUUUGCACCGGGUCUACUUGGCAACCCGGGUUUAUGCAGUUCGAAUUUGAAGCCUAUUCAUCCAUGCCAGAGGCGGAAAUCGCCGACUGUUUUAUUGGCUGUUAUUCUUUCCAUAUGCAUUGUACUUCUUGUUGGGUCAGUUCUCUGGUUUCUGAAAAUCAGGGCAAAAGCAUUUGGCGGUAAAUCAAAAAGGCUAUACAGUGUGACGUCUUUUCAACGGGUCGGGUUCAAUGAAGACGAUGUGUUACCUUCGUUAACUAAACAGAAUCUUAUUGCAACUGGCGGGUCGGGUCAUGUUUACAGGGUGGAGUUGAAGUCGGGUCAAGUUUUGGCGGUGAAGGAGCUAUGGGGAGAAAACCGCAGGAAGCCGGAGAGUGAGUUGGUUUUUAGGUCCGAGGUGGAGACACUGUGUCGGGUUCGUCAUGGCAAUAUUGUAAAAUUGGUGUUUUGUUGUAGUGGGGAGGAUUGUAGGAUAUUGGCCUACGAGUACAUGGAGAAUGGGAGCUUGGGUGAUGUUUUACAUGGAGAGAAGCUUGGGCCUUUGGUAAACUGGGCCGUGAGGUUCGACAUUGUGUUGGGCUCGGCCCAUGGGCUGGCCUAUCUUCAUCACGACUGUGUUCCGGCCAUUGUGCAUCGAGAUGUGAAGAGCAACAACAUAUUGCUCGAUGAGAAGUGGACGCCACGAGUGGCGGAUUUUGGGCUCGCUAAGACAUUGGAGCGUGACAUGGCAGCCGAACAUGGUUCCAUGUCACGAAUUGCAGGAUCUUAUGGUUAUAUUGCGCCAGAAUAUGCAUACACACUAAAAGUUACUGAGAAGAGCGAUGUUUACAGCUUCGGUGUGGUGUUACUGGAACUGAUCACCGGAAAGAGGCCGAACGACUUAUCCUUUGGGGAGAACAAGGACAUAGUAAAGUGGGUUACUGAGGCUGCACUGUGUUCUCCAUCCUCUUCUGAUGGGGACGGUGAAAAUGACAAUCGUUGUUGGAUUGAUCUUAGCCAGAUUGUUGACCCAAGAAUGAACCCAACUACAGGGGAUUUCGAUGAGAUUGAGAAGGUUUUGAGUGUGGCUCUGCUUUGCACCUCUGCCUUCCCAAUUAACAGGCCAUCCAUGAGAAGAGUGGUCGAAUUGCUAAAAGAUCAGAAACCAGCUAGUAAAAAAUGAUGCACCAAAUUAAAUUUGUUGCAUCGAUCAGGAACUUUACUGGCAGUCAUUUUUGCUAGUUUUAUUAGGACUAGUUUUGGGGUGCAUAUACAUCACCUGGCUUAGGUUACUGGACUUACCUGGUUAUAAAGGAAGACUUGAGUGCGGAAGUUUUUCAAUAUAAGUAAAUGUCAGUUCCUUUCUCUUUGUAAUACUUAUUUGAAGGCUGGCCAAUAAGUGUUUGUUCAUGAGCCAAGGAUAGUAAACGGAAGUCUAAUUGGUUCCACAUUCAUUUCCUCUA